UUUUUGGCAAUUUCAUCUCUUUCCUCGUGAGUGUUGACUAUUCUUCGAAAUAUAGUCUUCUGUCGGUCUCUCUCUCUCUCUCUCUCUCUCUCUCUCGCUAUAUGUAUAUAUAUAAAUAUAUAUGUUGUGUACACCAUGUCCAACUAUUCUCAACUAGCUUUCCUGGCUAGAAAGAUGGGUUCCAUCUCAUUCUGUGCUUCAAUCUUAUUCUCAUCAAUCUUCCUUAAUUUAUCUUUGCAACAUUAUUAUUAUUAUGUGGGAGCUGCUUCUGAUCAAGUGAUCAGAACUAAUAGGGAGGCUUUGGAGAUCAUCAUUGGUGGUGGCUCUGAUCCUCCUCCUUCUCCUGAACCCGUUUGUCCACCGCCUCCAUCUCCGCCUCCUCCUCCAUCUCCACCUCCGACACCAUCUCCGCCUCCUCCUCCAUCUCCACCUCCGCCACCAUCUCCGCCUCCUCCUCCAUCUCCACCUCCGCCACCAUCUCCGCCUCCACCUUCACAGCCGCCACCUCCACCACCAUCUCCGCCUCCACGUUCACCGCCACCACCUCCACCACCAUCUCCGCUUCCACGUUCACCGCCGCCACCUCCACCACCAUCUCCGCGUCCGCGUUCACCGCCACCAUCUCCACCACCAUCUCCGCGUCCGCGUUCACCGCCACCAUCUCCACAACCUUUACAAUUUGAAAGCGCCAGAAUUAGAUUAGCCUACUAUGUAAUUCAAAAAUUCAAAAACAAAGUCGUGAAGGAUCCCAAAGGCGUUACCAAGACAUGGAAUUCAACACAUGUGUGCAACUACACGGGCUUCGUCUGCGCGAUGCAUCCUACAUACAAGGUGAAAGCGGUUGCCGGGGUCGACUUCAAUGGCUAUGGACUGGGCGGUCCUAAGCUUAUCCUCGAUGAGUUUAUCAAUGGUCUGGAAGACAUUACCAUUUUCCAUGCCAACUCUAACAAUUUCAUUGGUACAGUCCCAUCGAUAACAACCGGCAAACUCAACUACUUGUACGAGCUCGACCUCAGCAACAACAAGCUAACCGGUGAUUUCCCAUUAGAAGUCCUCCGUGCCAGAAACCUCACGUUCUUGGACAUUCGUUUCAACAGAUUUUGCGGGAAAGUUCCACCGCAAGUGUUCAACCUCGACGUCGACGUGCUCUUCAUCAACAACAACAAUCUAGAGCAGCCACUCCCCGAUAAUCUCGGCUCCACACCAGCUCUGUACCUCACUUUCGCCAACAACAAGUUCACCGGUCAAAUCCCCAAAAGCAUUCGCCGAGCUUCGGAGACUCUCAUAGAGGUUCUCUUCCUCAAGAAUCAGCUCUCUGGCUGUCUGCCAAUGGAGAUUGGAUACUUAAAGAAAGCAACUCUCUUUGAUGCGAGCUAUAACCAAUUAACCGGUCCAAUACCUCGCUCUUUUGAAUGCCUGGCAAAGAUGGAGCUUCUCAACUUCAACAACAACCAGUUGUUCGGAGCGAUUCCCGAGGAGGUCUGUAAGCUCCCUAAUUUGGACAGACUGUCGUUGGCUAACAACUACUUCACUCAGGUUGGUCCGGCGUGCCGGAAAUUGAUCGAGAAGAAGAGAUUGGAUGUGAGGUCGAACUGCAUUUUUGAUCUUCCUAACCAGAAAUCGAAGGCUGAAUGUGCUCAUUUCUUUUCCAAGCCUAACCUCUGUGCCAACCAUCACACCUUGACUUACAUUCCUUGUCGUCGCCAAUGGGUUUCCACAUCGGAGUCCAACCAGUCUGAGACUGAGAUGCAAGCACUUCGUCCCGCUGCUUCAGCUGCACCGCCAGUAUCAUAUGGAGCUCUUUCCCCACAUGGGUUAUGAUUUUAAUGCAGUACUGUGAAGACCCAUUUUCAAAAUUGAGUUUUGUUGUUUGUCAUUGCUGUCUGGUUUAUUUUUCCCACCGUUCUCAACCCUAUGCAGUGGUCUUCUUUAUUUGCUGUAUAGUGCUGUAUCUGUUAAGUGAAUGUAGAAAAAGCCGUCUAUGGGUAAAGCCGAAACUAUAAAUUUACUUCUUUCUGAUGGACAACAAUUCUCUUUUGAAAAUUGUGGGUAGAGAUGGAUCUCUGUGCAUGUGUAUGCACGUCUAUGAAGUGUCAAUAUUUCACUAUUUUCUUAAGCAUUGUAGCCUAGCUUAGUGAUCUAAGCAUAUUAAAUUAUAGAAUAAAGAUAAUUUUAUUAGCAUA